UCCCGGGUCCUCCGCGCCCGGCGUCCGGCGCCCGAGCGCCCCCGCAUGGCGGGUCCGUGUCCCGGGGCCGGGGUUCUAGAACGCGCGGGUAGCUGCUGGCAGGACCCUCUGGCGGAGGCGCUGAGCCGAGGCCGCUCGUCCCCCGCGGUUGCGGGUCGGGGCUGCGCGAGGAGCCGGCCGCUCAGUGUGGUCUACGUGCUGACCCGGGAGCCCGGGCCCGAGGUGGAGCCCGGCGCGGGAACCGAGGCAGAGCCGCUGCCGCUGCGAUGCCUGCGCGAGGCCUGCGCUCAGCUCCAGGGCACGCGGCCACCCCCGCAGCUGCGCAGCCUGCCCUUCGCGACGCUGGCUCUAGGUGACACCGCGGCGCUGGACUCCUUCUACAACGCCGAUGUGGUGGUGCUGGAGGUGAGCAGCUCCCUGGCGCAACCCUCCCUGUUCUACCACCUGGGCGUGCGGGAGAGCUUCAGCAUGACCAACAAUGUGCUCCUCUGUUCCCAGACUGAGCUCCCCGGCCUGCAGGCCCUGCGUGAGGAUGUUUUCCAGAAGAACUCGGACUGUGUUGGCAGCUACACACUGAUCCCUUAUGUGGUGACAGCCACUGGUCGGGUGUUAUGUGGUGAUGCAGGCCUCCUGAGGGGCAUAGCUGAUGGGCUAGUGCAGGCUGGGGCGGGCACUGAAGCCCUGCUCACGCCCCUGGUGGGCCGUCUUGCCCGCCUGUUGGAGGCCACACCCACAGACUCUUGCGGCUAUUUCCGGGAGACCAUUCGGCAGAAUAUCCGGCAGGCUCGGGAGCGGUUCAGUGGACAGCAGCUGAGGCAGGAGCUGUCUCGCCUGCAGAGGAGGCUGGACAGCGUAGAGCUGCUGAGCCCUGAUAUCAUCAUGAAUCUGUUGCUGUCUUACCGUGAUGUACAGGACUACUCAGCCAUCAUCGAGCUGGUGGAGAAGCUGCAGGCCCUGCCCACCUGUGACGUGGCUGAGCAACACAAUGUCUGCUUCCACUACACAUUUGCCCUCAACAGGAGGAACAGGCCUGGGGACCGGGAGAAAGCCCUGGCUGUGCUGUUGCCGUUGGUGCAGCAUGAAGGUCCCGUGGCACCCGAUCUGUACUGCAUGUGUGGUCGUGUCUACAAGGACAUGUUCUUCAGCUCUGGCUUCCAAAAUGCGAGGCACCUGGAACAGGCCUAUCACUGGUACCGCAAGGCUUUUGACGUGGAGCCCAGCCUGCACUCCGGCAUCAAUGCAGCGGUUCUCCUCAUUGCAGCUGGCCAUCAGUUUGAAGACUCCGAGGAACUCCAGCUGAUAGGCAUGAAGCUGGGCUGCCUGCUAGCCCGCAAAGGCUGCGUGGCGAAGAUGCAGUAUUACUGGGAUGUAGGAUUCUACCUGGGAGCCCAGAUCCUUGCCAAUGACCCCAUCCAGGUGGUACUGGCUGCAGAACAGCUGUACAAGCUCAAUGCCCCCAUAUGGUACUUGGUAUCAGUGAUGGAAACCUUCCUGCUGUAUCAGCACUUCAGGCCCACGCCAGAGCCCUCGGGAGGACCCCUGCUGCGAGCUCACUUCUGGCUCCACUUCUUGCUACAGUCCUGCCAGCCUUUCAAGGCAGCCUCUCCUCAGGUGGACCAGUGCCUGGUGCUGCUACUGGAGAGUAACAAAGUCCUGCUGCCUGCCAGGCUCACGAUUCAGGGGACAGACCCAGUGAGCUCAGUGACCCUAAGCCUGCUGGAAGCGGAGACUCAGGAGGAUUCUUCCAGCUGGACCUUCCCAGUCCCCUCCAUCUGUGGGAUCAGUGCCUCCAAGCUGGACCAGCGCUGCUGCUUCCUCUACGCACUUCCUCCCGCCCAGGAUGUCCAGCUGUGCUUCCCCAGCGUCGAGCGCUGCCAAUGGUUCUGUGGCCUCAUUCAGGUCUUGUUGAUGAAUCCAGAUUCCUCGGCACCCACCGAGGAGGCAGAGGGUGCGAGGGAGGUGCUGGAGUUUGAUUACGAGUACUUGGAAACCGGUGAGCGGCUGGUGCUGGGCAAAGGCACGUACGGGGUGGUGUACGCUGGCCGCGACAGGCACACGAGGGUGAGAAUCGCCAUCAAGGAGAUUCCAGAGCGGGAUAGCAGGUUUUCCCAGCCCCUGCAUGAAGAGAUAGCUCUUCACAAACGACUGCGCCACAAGAAUAUAGUGCGCUAUCUGGGUUCGGCCAGCCAGGGCGGUUACCUCAAGAUCUUCAUGGAGGAAGUGCCCGGAGGCAGCUUGUCCUCCUUGCUUAGGUCGGUGUGGGGACCCCUAAAGGACAACGAGAGUACUAUUAGUUUCUACACACGUCAAAUCCUGCAGGGACUCAGCUACCUUCAUGAGAACCGCAUUGUGCACCGGGACAUCAAGGGGGACAAUGUAUUGAUCAACACCUUCAGUGGACUACUUAAGAUUUCUGACUUUGGCACCUCCAAGCGGCUGGCAGGCAUCACGCCUUGCACAGAGACUUUCACAGGGACCCUGCAGUAUAUGGCCCCAGAAAUCAUUGACCAGGGCCCGCGAGGAUAUGGAAAGGCAGCUGAUAUCUGGUCUCUGGGCUGCACUGUGAUUGAGAUGGCCACAGGUCGACCACCCUUUCACGAACUAGGGAGCCCGCAGGCUGCUAUGUUUCAGGUGGGCAUGUACAAGGUGCACCCUCCAGUGCCCAGUUCCCUCUCAGCUGAGGCCCAAGCCUUCCUCCUCCGAACUUUUGAACCAGAUCCCUGCCUCCGAGCCAGUGCCCAAGAACUGUUGGAUGACCCCUUCCUGCAACCAGGGAAGAGGAGCUGCAGUCCCGGCUCUCCUCGUCAUACUCCCCAGCCCCCAGGCACCCCUUCCACUGACUCUAGUUCUUCAGCUGACUCAGCCACCCAGUCUCAGACAUUUCCGAGACCCCAAGCACCCUCUCAGCACCCACUCAGUCCGCCAAAGCGCUGCCUUAGUUAUGGGGACACUAGCCAGCUCCGUGUGCCUGAGGAGCCCGCAGCCGAGGAACCCGCUUCCCCCGUAGAGAGUUCAGGACUGAGUCUGCUGCACCAGGAGAGCAAGCGCCGGGCCAUGCUGGCCGCGGUGCUGGAACAGGAGCUGCCCACGCUAGCAGAGAAUCUACUGGAGCAGGAACAGGAUUCUCGACUCAGCAGGAAUCAUGUGGAACAGCUGCUUCGCUGCCUCAGAGCACAAAUCCACACGCCUAACCGCCGGCAGCUGGCCCAAGAGCUGCGGGCCGUGCAAGCUCAGCUGCGGGCCCAGGGCCUGGGGCCUGCCCUUCUGAAUGGGCCGCUCUUCGCAUUUCCAGAAGCGGUGAAACAAAUCCUCCGCAGACGCCAGAUCCGCCCACACUGGAUGUUCGUGUUGGACUCGCUACUCAGCCGUGCUGUCCGGGCGGCGCUGGCGGUGCUGGACGCGGAGGUGGAGAAGAAAGCGGUCUCACCGAAGUCAGAGGAGUGGAGUAAAGCGGAGUCCCAGCAGAAACCGCAGGAGAGCCAGCAGCUACAGACCCAGCUCCCGCCAGAGCAGGGGCCUCUGCCACUGACCGUUCAGCUGGGCCUCUUGCGCGCUGAGACUGACAGGCUUCGAGAUGUGCUGGCUGAGAAAGAACGGGAGUGCCAGGCCCUGAUGCACCAGGCCCUACGUGGGGUGCAUGCAGAGACCAGGGCUUACGCCCUGGCUUCAGAGCCCCCAGCCACUCUCUCCAAGGACCAGAGCCUGGUGCAGUGGCUGAAGGAACUGAGUGUAGACCCAGUCACUAUCCAAACGCUCCUGAGCCAUAGCUUCACCCUUCAGACCCUGCUCACCUGUGCCACACAAGAUGACCUUGUCUACACCCGAAUCAGGGGAGGGAUGGUGUACCGAAUUUGGAGAGCCAUCUUGGCACAGCGAGCAGGAGCCACACCAGUUACCCCUGGACCCCGGGAGGCUGAAUGAUGGCAUCAAUGGGACACAGCCGCCGUGGCUGAAUGAC